AUGGCGGCUGUUUUAUUCUCCAUCUGGUGGGUUAUUUUUUAAGCUCUGGACCAUGUCCCGGAGCGAAACGUAAAUAAACAUAUUUUUGGAAUUGCCGAUGGUGCGUUCGACGAUAUGGAUGAGGAGACAUUGAACAGGCUAGCUGCUGAGGCCCUGAUCGAAGAGGCCAAGGUUGGGGCUCGGAGGGCCGAGAUAAUGGGCCCCAGUGGCUGGGUGAAACCCAAGGAGACAAUCAACAAACGCUUCCUACGAUCUACACUCCGAAAUGCAAUUCUGUCUAACAGGCAUCAACAAAGAUCGAAGGAGAAACGAUGUGAGACGUCCUCUCACAAAGAUAGCAGUGCUAAAAAUGAUGAGAGGUCCAGGAGCAAGAGGAAAGAAUAAUUCAGGACUUGGAAAAUGAUUGAUCAUGACAAGACAAGUGUAAAAAAUUAUUAUUCAAUCAUUUAUCUUUCUAAAAUAAUUUUUUAAUAAAUCAUAACAAGUAAAAGUGAAAAUCAAAGGCAAGUUUGCAUCAAACUCAUACCCAACUCUUUUCAAUAAUUUCAGAACAAUUUUUCCUGCUCAUUCGUAAAAAUUUAACAAGCACCGAAGUACGAUUUCAAAGUACGAAAUUCUAUAUUGCAAUCGCCUUACCAGGUUUCAAAUGGAUCUUAAAAAAUUCUCAAAAUCAAAUGUUCCACUUUUCACUUAUAAAAAACGCAUAUACAAUUAUAAUAAUUAAAAUAUUUUGCAUUGAUAGGUUGCUCACAACAGUUCAGUUAAUUCCUCAAUAUCUUAGAAUUUUU